GCCUUCAAGCUACGAAACUGGGAUACGACGGGGAUCGAUAGUCGGAGGAACCCCUAACGGACGUGACUGGUAUGUAUGGAAGCGUUCGUUACUGGCAUUACAACUGCACUCUAUCGCUGACCAUCGAUGUCGAUAACACGGUCUAGACAUUUCUCCUUGCAAACUUGCCGCAUUCUUAUGGCAGGACAAGAUCGAGGGAUAGAACUCUGUCCGGGUGACGCCAGAUCGGAUCAAGAUCCGUACUCCGCCUCCGAGCUAGUAUAAGUGCAUCCGCAAAGCGCCAGCUUCACCUCUGCACCCUCCCUGAUAAUCUCCAUAAUCAUCGACCAGUACUUUAACAAUGGGUGUCAAUGUCGAGGUUAUUUCCCCCGGAGACGGAGUCCACUUCCCCAAGAAGGGCGACACCGUGAAGAUACACUAUGUUGGCACCCUUCUGGAUGGCAAGAAGUUUGACUCCAGUAGAGAUCGAGGAGACCCGUUCAUCACUCAGAUCGGCGUCGGAAAGGUGAUCAAGGGUUGGGAUGAGGGAGUUCUACAACUAUCCCUUGGCGAGAAGGCGGUUCUUACCGCAACACCAGACUAUGCAUAUGGUGCUCGUGGCUUCCCACCUGUAAUACCACCGAAUAGCACGCUCAAGUUCGAAGUCGAGUUGCUUGCGAUAAACUGAACGCGCCGAUCUCGAGCGAUCUUCAGGAUGACUUUUGACGCUUUAUUCUUUUUGUACAUAGUUGGGCUGAGGCUGGUAUUCUGAGGUUUCCAUCCCAUUGUCUUUGUAUCUCCAUUAGCACUUUCUCCUCGUAUUUUUCUGUAUGCACUUUGUAUUUUUUUCUUGCACGAACGCUUUCGU